AUGGCGUCUGUGUGGUUCAUUGUGACAGUUCUUUUCUGUAUAAAUCAAGUAUUAGCAAGUUACCGCGAUUGCUCGAAUUUGGAUAAUAUUAAAAAUUGCAAUGAAUGCAUCCGUUGCGGAGCACAUUGGUGCAAUAAUCCACAUGAGAACCGUCGCUGUUCGUUGGAGCGUUUUGACAAUUGGUGUCCCAAUCAUCAGGAGAGCUUACCGUACCUCACUGAAGUUAGCGAAAAGGGAAAGAUCUUGAAUCCAAAGUACAGAGUCCAAACUAUCCACGUGGGUCAAGAAGAUGAGAUUGAAAUCAUAUACCAAUACAAAACUGGUGAACCGAAGGUCAAUUUCGUAGCAAACUCGACGCAAAAAUCGAAUUUCAUCGUUAGUAAUUCAACAAGCUGUUCGUCUGGGUCGUGUACAACUACAUUGAACACAGUACCAGGGUCGGACUUCUGCGAGAAUACUGGAAGUACUAACGAGUUCUUUAACGUGAAACUGACGGUUAGCGAUGUGGACGAAGAAGCUGUUCUGAAAUUCCAUGUACCUUGCGCUUGUGGUUGCACUGAAAAGGUUGAAAAACUGUCCCCUACUUGCAAUGGCCGAGGCGACCUCUCGUGUGGUGUAUGCACGUGUCAGGACAAAUGGUCGGGUACUUUCUGUGAUCAACCAAUUUGUGAUGAAAAACGCGGGGACGUACCAUGUAUAGAUUCAUCGAGGAGUAGUGUUGAAUGUUUCGGCAACGGUGUUUGCGGUCGGUGCGACAAAUGCGAGUGUUUCACAAACAGACCCGGCUCUAGGUAUUUUGAUAGGAACGAUUACUGCAUUGACAUUUGUACCAAAACAAAUGAAUGCGACGAAUGCCUAAUCAAACCACAUCUAGGGAAAUGCCACGAAUGCCAUUUUCCGUUAUACAAACAGAAAUACAAUGAAUCAUUGACGAGCAGUAAGGACGAAUAUGGAAGACACAUGUGGAUAAAAUGCAACGAUACUAUAAAUGAUUGUAAUAUUGAAUAUGUGGUGAUGAGAGACGAUAGAGGGGAAUCUUACUUCAUGGUGACUAAGAACUGUGAUCCCAAACAGGAGGGCCAGGAGAGCGCUAAAGUUAAUUUAACAGUUCCGAUUCUGCUCGGUCUGGUGGCUGUGCUGGCUGCAGCUAGUGCUGUGGGCUACUUCGUGUACAAAAGUCGUCCGCCGCCCGUUCCGCUCACAGACCCAAUGUACACAAACAUCGGAGCCGAAGACUGCACCGGAGAGAACCCCUUGUAUAAACCACCCACGUCCUCCUUCAAGAAUCCCACGUACGGCAAGUGGUAG